AAAUAAAACGAAAUUCGUGAAUUUUUUAUUCACCCUCUUGAAUGAUAAACCCUUUUAAAAAAAAAAAAAAUACAGUACUUGUAAUAACUCGGAUCAUCCUCUUUCUCCUGUGUUCUCAGAUCCUGAGAAGAACCAUUUGAACACUCGUAUCAGUGACUUUGUUAUUGGAGAAGGAGGAAUAAUAAGGGCAAAGAUGGUGAAAAUGACAUUGAUAGCUCGUGUUACCGACGGGCUGCCUCUAGCUGAGGGUCUCGAUGAUGGACGUGACUUGCCUGAUUCCGACAUGUAUAAGCAACAGGUCAAGGCUCUGUUUAAGAAUCUUUCCCGAGGUCAUAACGAAGCUUCAAGAAUGUCUGUUGAGACUGGCCCCUAUAUUUUCCAUUACAUCAUAGAAGGACGUGUUUGCUACUUGACAAUGUGUGACCGUUCUUACCCGAAGAAACUGGCGUUCCAAUACCUGGAAGAUCUCAAGAACGAGUUCGAACGUGUCAAUGGGCCUAACAUUGAAACAGCUGCUAGACCUUAUGCCUUUAUUAAAUUUGAUACCUUCAUACAGAAAACAAAGAAACUGUACCAAGACACACGUACGCAACGGAAUAUCGCUAAGCUGAAUGAUGAACUCUAUGAGGUCCACCAGAUAAUGACGCGGAAUGUGCAGGAAGUACUAGGUGUUGGUGAAAAGCUCGACCAGGUGUGCGAGAUGUCGAGCCGGCUAACUUCUGAAUCUCGUGUAUAUGCUGAUAAGGCUAAAGAUUUGAACCGUCAGGCUUUGAUCCGGAAAUGGGCACCAGUUGCAAUCGUGUUGGGUGUCGUUUUCCUUCUUUUCUGGGUCAAGAACAAGCUCUGGUAAAUAAAGGAGGAACAGGAGGCUAUUUUCAUACUUUAGCAGACUUCUCCGGUCAUAUAUCAGACCGCUGGCGCAAAUCUUCUUUUAUUCAGUGAAACUUUUGACACAUUUUGUACUUCUGUAGUAAUGCAAACUCUAUGAGACUGGUCAUAGACUCAUAGUAUCAUCCAUCAAUACAAUUUUUUUAAAACCUUUA